UUAAAUGGCGUUUGUUUGUUUAUUCCCAGCGGCAUACUGCAGCUUCCCUAGCAACCCUCUCAACGGAACGGUCCACAGUCAGACAGGCACCAAGCUAGGCAGUACCCUGCGCUUCAGCUGUGACCAGGGCUUUCGUCUGAUUGGCCAGAGCAGUGCCACCUGCACCCGCACCAACCAGGGGAUCUACACAUGGAACGCACCCGUACCCCUCUGCCAAGGUAAGGACAUGAACCACAGGGAAUAUACAUACAGUAUGGAACGCCCCCGUACCGCUCUGCCAAGUGAUGGCUUGUGGGAUGCCUAUACCUCCAGUAAACGGUAGUAUUGUCGGGCAGGACUUCACUCUUGGUGCCAGGGCCAUGUACCAAUGCAACCCCGGUUUCAGAUUGGCCAGCCCCCUGGCCGUGUCAGUCGUCUGUCAGGAGUCUGGGAGGUGGAGCUCCAAUCAGGCCCCGUCCCGCUGCAUACCGGUGACCUGCCCUGACAUCGGCCACGCUGCGGUGGAUCACGGGAGAUGGAGGCUGAUCUACGGGUCUCAGAGCCAAUACGACGCCUUGAUGAUGCUCAUCUGUGACCCCGGUUACUACUACAAGGGUCAGAGGGUCAUCCGUUGCCAGGCCAACAGCACCUGGGACUACCCGGCGCCCCGGCCGGCCUGCGAGAUAAUCUCCUGUGGGGACCUGGGCACUCCUCCGAAUGGGAAUAAGAUCGGGACGCUGACGGUGUUCGGAGCGACAGCCAUCUUCUCCUGUAACACAGGCUAUACGCUGGUUGGUUCCCGGGUCAGAGAGUGCAUGUCCAAUGGCCUCUGGAGUGGAUCCCAGGUCCAGUGUCUCGCGGGUCACUGUGGUACGCCAGAACCAAUAGUGAAUGGUCAGAUCAUAGGAGAGAACUAUAACUACAGAGGUAGUGUGGUCUACCAGUGUAACCCGGGAUUCAGACUCAUCGGGGUGUCUGUACGCAUCUGUGAACAGGACCACCGCUGGUCCGGACGUACCCCUGUCUGUGUCCCGAUCACCUGUGGUCAUCCGGGCAACCCUUCCUUUGGCUUUACCCAGGGAACGCAGUUCAACCUGAACGACAUUGUGCACUUUGCGUGCAACACCGGCUACGUCCUGCAGGGGGCGGUUACCUCUCACUGCCAGUCCAACGGACAGUGGAGCAACACCCUACCCAAGUGUAAAAGUAAGUCUGGAGAAUGUACAGAGAGGAGCGUAUUAUGUAAUUCCCUGCUAUGGAAAUGAGGUGAUCUGUUUAUGGUUAUUUACACAUAAAGUGUUGAAUAAAGAUGUUUGGACAAAAAAAGCGUAUUUCCUGGCUUAUAAUCUGUGACGCUGACGUUGCAUGUCAGAUAGCUAGUUUAGUUUAGCUUCGCAGAGUAAUGUCAUCUUUCCGUAGAAUUAAAGAACUUAGCGUACUGUCGCCCCGUAAAAUGUCUUUGCUCGUAUUGGUCAGUGAUAUUGACAGAGACUUUGGAGUGUGUUGUGAAUGUGUCAGCUAGCAAGCUCAGAGCUAGCUUAGCUUAGUUUAGCUUAGCUUAGUUUAGUUUAGCUUAGCUUAGCUUAGUUUAGCUUAUCUUAGUUUAGCUUAGCUUAGUUUAGCUUAGCUUAGCUUAGCGCAGUGAUGUCACCUUUCUGCAGACAGGAAUUAAGACCUCUCCAGGAAGAAGAAAGGUGGAGGUGUUUCAUGAUUAACUGCCCAUGGUGUGAUCGUGAUAACGUACAGAAUCUCAAGUCCUUUUGAACACCCGACCUACAAUACUUCACAAUCAAAUGCUGACCGUAUUACCUCACAAGAGAAUUUUCUUUGGUUAAAGUCUUAGCCGUGUAUAGUCACCCUUAAAGUCGAUACCACGACGGCCCUCAAGGAACUACACUGCACUUUGUGCAAACUGGAAACCACAUAUCCUGAGGCCGCAUUUAUUGUAGCUGCGGAUUUUAACAAAACAAAUUUGAGGAAAGUUAUAUCAACACUCACGCUCCUCCCCCCCUACCUUCGGCAAAUCAGAUCAAGACUCUAUUUUGCUCCUCUCUUCUUAUUGGCAGAAACUCAAACAGGAAGUAACCGUUUUAAGGCAUAUUCAACGCUGGUCUGACCAAUCAGAAUCUAUGCGUGACGAUUGUUUUGGGAUAUGUUCCGGGUAGCCUCAGAGAAUAACAUUCAGGAACACGGUGACUGAGUUCACCAGGAAGUGUUGUUGUCCCCACUAUGAGUAUUAAAACCAAACCAGAAACCGUGGAGAGAUGGCGGCAUGCGCGAAAAUCUGAAAGCGCGAACCACCGCAUUUAACCAAAGCAAGGUGAAUGGUAAUAUGGUUGAAUACAAACAGUGUAGUUAUUCCCUGCGUAAGCCAAACAGGCAAAACGGAAUCACUAGUCGCAUCCUCAGCUAGUCAAGGAUCAUAUCACCUCCACCCUACCUGACACCCUAGACCCACUACAAUUUGCUUACCGCCCCAAUAGAUCCACAUACG